CUCCGCCCCACCCUUGGCCAGCCCCAGGCGCAUGCGCCGCUCCGCCGCCGCGCGGCGAGAAGAUGGCGGCGUGGGCCCUCGCCGGUGCGCUGUGGGCCGCUCGGCAGGUUCUCCCCUCAUCGUGCACGAAGCAAGUGCGGAGCUACUACGUGGACUGGAGGAUGCUGCGGGAUGUCAAGAGAAGGAAACUGGCAUACGAGUACGCGGAUGAGAGGCUGCGGAUCAACGCCAUCCGGAAGAACACCAUCCUUCCCAAGGAGCUGCAGGAAGUGGCUGAUAAAGAGAUUGCUGACUUGCCCCGGGACAGCUGCCCUGUGAGGAUCCGAAAUAGGUGUGUGCUGACAUCCCGCCCUCGGGGGGUGAAGCGGCGUUGGAGGCUCAGCAGAAUUGUUUUCCGCCAUUUUGCUGACCAUGCGCAGAUGUCUGGGAUACAGAGGGCUAUGUGGUAGAUCACCGCAUGGCAGAAAAUUAAAGCAAGACUGUCCUGUCUUAAGAGUCCGGCAUCAAUAUCAAACCAAUAAGGGAAGGAUAGGAAGCCAUGUUGAUUCAUUAAACUCUCUUACUGGACUGCAACUGGAAUCAGCUAACUGACAAGCAGCAUGACGGCACUAAGCUGAUCUGUGUAAGAGGCAGUUUUAUUAUGAGGGAGAAAACACAAAUCACCACCUGAUUGUUGCAGAACUAAGGUGAAGUUUGUCAGAAAUAAAGACAUACAGCACAAA